CCUCCACAUCUUCAGGACUCAGGGGUUUACAUGUUGCGAUCUCUCCAUAAAGGAUUAAACAGAGGACAAGUUGAAACAUAGUCAUCUGAAAUUAAAUUAUUCAAUAUGAUGAUCUUUAUACAGCCUCAAGUGUCACUAGCGAUUUUCCAAUGUCCAAAAUUUUUUUGGUCCACGUUGUUUCCACCUAAACUUCACUAACGUCUUUUCGAGUCUGACUAGUGAUAACGGUCCGUUCUUAUUUUAUACUAGCUACCCAAAGAAUUAUCAUUGUCCUGCUAACAGACGAAAUACCAAGAAGUUCAUAAUACAGUACCUGAAGAUCUUCAACAACGUGCGCUCUUCCAAGGAACAGAAUUCUAACAUCCAAAACAUACUAACAGUUCUGGAUCGCGCUGAAAUUCUUCCGGGACUAAUUUCGCAGUUAGUGGGUUGCUAACAAUAUUGAAAUGUUUAGCGAUCGAUUUAGCAACUUCUAUAUAACUCAAGCUAUAAAAGAACGAGCAACACCUUCUGCUUUCUUAGUUCUCCAUUCUCGUCGAGCGCUAUUCAUUCACUUGGAAUUAGAUUUCAAAUUUACAAUUACGUUCAGUUUUUGGAUCAGUGAUCUACGGUAAAAAUGAGAUCCUUAGUUCUUUACAGUUUGAUACUUUCAUCAAGUAUUAUACUACGUAUCAAAUGCGACGACGUGGAAACAACUUCAAUCACUCCAGAGUCUGCAUCUAACGCAUCUGAUACUGAUACUGAAGUUUUCAUGUUCAUAUUAAACAAUAAUAAUGAUACGGAAAAUGAUGCUAAUGACACUGCAUCUAAUUCGACAAUCAGUUUGGGAGAACCUUUUGGAUUAAUAAUUGAGACACGUUCCAAACGUGAUUCUACGAAUGAGUCUUCAGCAACGAGUACCAUAGAUUCAACAAUAAACAAGACACAAGAAGGUGUGAAAGAUGACUCAGAUGUCAAUCAAACAUCCACUAGAUUUGAAGAAUCGAUUAGGGAGAUGUUCUUAGAGCCUUGGGGUCGUGCCAAACGUGACACCUUAGAAGAAGACGCAAGCGUACCAAAUAGUUCAGAUGCACCGCUUCCGGAUAAUUCCAGUGAAUCUAUUCAAGAUCAGAACUUAAACGAAUUUGCCAGCGACCAUGAUGUAACUGUAGAAGGUAAUAGCGCAUCGGACGAGUCCUCUUCGACGAGUGAAGAGGAUCGAGAAGAAAGAGACGUUGGACAAUCAGAAGAAAAUUUAGAGGAAGGUGAAUAUCGUUAUAGAACGCAUCCUUAUUGGUAUCGUCAACCCAUCGUCAGAAGAUAUUGGGCCAGCCAAGAACGAAAACCAUCUCGUGAUUUCAUAAAAAUUCCCAUAUUCCCUGGGAAAUAAUAUUCAUUCGUAGUAAUAGACUGAUGCUAUUAACUACAGUAGACCUUCGUUAUAUUGCCAACGACAGUGUAGGAAUAGAAAAUAUUUGAAAUUGCUGGAGUUGAAUGAAAAUUUUCUUUUUCUAUAUCGCAAGAGUUUUUGUAGAUACAUGAAAGUGGCAAUGUAACGAUAGACUUAUGUAGUUUCAUAUUUAAUUCAUUAUUUAAACAAUUUUUUUAUACACGAAUUGCAAAUGGCUUUUUAUUUAUCAUCAAUGACAUUAAGUACUUUUGUAUCAUGAAAUAGAUAUAGUAAUUAUCAUUAUUUAAUCACACAAGGUGUCAUAACUAUUCAUUUUUUAAUAAAAAUUUCAGUUUGACAAAUUUUAAUAUAAUUCUUCAGAAUUAAUGUAAAACCAGCUUCUGGAAUUUGAUGAAUUAUAAAUAACUUAUCUGAAAAAUAAAAAUAAUUGAAGUUGGAACCAUGAGAGGUUUCCAUAGAAGCCUAAAAUUUUAAAAAAUAACUAAAAAUAGCUAAGAAACAUUAUUAUUAUUUGUCAAAAUGGAAUUUUUACCGAAAAAUUAUUGCUUUUAAGAAUAAAGUAUUAUUUAUUUAAAGAAAUAACACUUUGUUGCAAAUAGUCAAUAUUUCUUGUUUAAAUAAUGGCCAACUCUGUCUUAAAAAUAAUACUCACAAUUGCGUGACUAACGAAUGUUUGUAAUAAAUGAAGGUUAAAUAAGUUCA